UCUCCUCAACUCAACUUAAAUAAUCAUGGCGCUUGUUUUGUUUCCACCGCAUCGUUCGCUGAAAGCAUAGAGGUGAAAUUAUGAGUAAUGAUUAGAAAAGAUUUAAUUCGAAACAUUCGUGUACGAUGUUUCUGUACAUCUUCGAAUUUCACCGAAAGAGCAGUUGACUGGGAUUAUUUCAGUAAUUCGGCAAAUUUGAAAGAAAUAUCUUCCAAUGUCAUAUUACGUAAAGUUCCUUGUGAGUUACAAGAUGCACUUAAAGAACUUCAACAGUUACAUCGAAGUGAUCCUAUAAAAGCAGCAGAGUUAAAAAAGAACAUAACACCCAAAUUGUUUUGGUUUCCAAAUGCUAUGCAUCCGAGAGUGGCAAGAAAUAGAUCAGAAGAACCAGUUGUACUACAUAAAAUGGGUUCAAAAACUGCGUUUACUUAUUUUCCUUCAACUUUUGAUAAUCUUACUAAGCGACUGAAUUUGUUAAGAACGAAAAAUUUAGGACAAAUGUGUGGUAGUAAGAGUUACUUUUUGAAAAAUGACUUGGCUCUUCUAGAACAAUCAUUAAUUAGGUAUGCUGUGGAGAAACUAACUAAGAAAGGGUUCAUGUUGAUGUCUGUCCCUGAUAUAUUAGGUUCCAAAUGUUUUGAAAACUGUGGAAUGCGAACUGAAAGCAAACAUUCACAGGUAUUUAAAUAAAUUCCUAUAUGUGUG